AUGUGUUUGUACUGGAAGGUCGAUGAUGGCCAGCUGGUCGUCGUGGGUGUGGGUGUGGACGAUCUGCUGGCCACCGGAACCGAUACAGCUGCUGUUGACCGCUUCUUCAAUCAGCUUGGGAGCCUUUCCAUUAAGGACCUCGGCGUCCUCAGCAAAUUUAUUGGAAUGCGUGUCGCAAUGGAAGAUGAUGGCAACUACGUUCUGGACCAGACGGAAGCGAUAGGCGAUCUGUUGCGCGAGCACGGUCUCGAGAAUGCCAACGCGACGCGAGCUCCGAUCGUUUCAGACUGCUACGAAGUUCUACCAGAAGACUGUGAGCUGUUGGGUGCGAGCGCAGACUGUGGGGGUCCAAGUGUCCGGACGUUCAAAUUCCUUGUCGGCAGUCUGCUCUGGGUGGCGCACUGCACGCGGCCGGACAUCACGUUUGCAGUGCAUAAAGCAACGCGCCAGACGCACCAGCCUUGA